AUGCCAGCUCCAACUGUUGAUUUACUGAAAAACAAGCUCGGUUCAUCCGACGCUCCUUCAAUAUCAGCUACGAACCCAGCUUUCAUCCCACCAAGUCAACCUCUCACGCCAGGAAAACAAUUACCUACCUCAGUUGAAUUACCUGUUCUUCCAGCUGUCGAAAGUGCGAAAAGAUUAGCUGCUUUCGCAGCUGUAGAUAGACAUAUUGGUCUUCAACACAAAGUCAUAGGUAUUGGAUCUGGUUCCACUGUACCUUACGUAGUAGACCGAAUCGUUGCUCAAGGAUUCCAAGCCAACAAAGACAGAGUGUUCAUUCCAACUGGUUUCCAGUCAAAAGAACUUAUCAUAAAAGCUGGAUUAACACUUGGAGAUGUAGAUCAAUAUGCUACAAUUGAUGUCACGAUUGAUGGAGCUGAUGAAGUCGACAACGAGCUCAACUCAAUUAAAGGUGGUGGAGCAUGUCAACUUCGAGAAAAAGUAUUAGCGGAAGCUGCUGAAACUUGGAUCAUCGUUGCGGAUUACAGAAAGAACUCUCAUAUAUUAGGGACAACCUGGAAACAAGGUAUCCCAAUCGAGGUAGCUUCUUUCGCAUACGCAAAAGUAUUGACGAACCUUUCGCACAUGGGAUCACCCUCACAACUUCCAGAUGGCAAACCAGGAUUAACGUUAAGAAUGGGUAAAAUGAAAGCUGGUCCUGUUGUCUCAGAUAAUGGUAAUUUCAUCAUCGAUGCUCCGUUCCCAGAGGAUAUGAUGAAAGAUCCUGUUGAUCUAUUACAUCGUAUAAAAAUGUUAACUGGUGUAGUGGAAGUCGGACUAUUCUGCGGAAUGGCUAAAGCAGCUUACUUCGGUAACGAAGAUGGAACAGUUCUGGCUCGAUUAAGCGAUGGAGGAGUAGAGAAAAUCACUGAAGUACCUAAAACACCGGAAUUAAAAGCUCAAGUGGAAGAAUCAAAUGUUGAAUAG